AUGCCCACUCCUAAAGUAGGGGCUACUCAAUGGCUAGAACAAAUAAAAGACAUACAAAAUCAUGGAGAAGAACAGAAGAUAGCAUCUCAUGUGCAUCCAUACAUUUUCACUGUACCAGAAUCCUUGCGUAGCGAAAGGCAAGAAGCUUACGUGCCUCAGGUUGCUUCUCUAGGACCUUAUCAUCACCUUAAACUUGAGCUAUAUGAAGCUGAAAGAUAUAAAUCUCGGCUUACUAUCCAAGUUGAGAAAAGAGCAAAGAAGGGGCCUUUUGAGGUUUUGGUUAGAGAGAUCAUUAAUAUGGCAGAGGAGAUAAGAAAUAGCUACAAUGAUCCUAUUGAAUGCAACAAUGAGGUAUUAGGGUGGAUGAUGGCUCGAGAUGCUGUGUUUAUUCUGGAGUUUCUUGGCUGCUAUAACCUAUGUCAGAGCCCACGGUACCAAGAGGCAAACCCUUACCUCCAAUGCGUGGAUGCAGUUUUUCACCCAGAAAGAAAGAGCCCAUUGUUCUUCCCGUUUCAAGCUGAUAUUUUUAAGCUGGAGAACCAAGUCCCACUCUUCAUUUUGAAAAAAGUUCUGGCAUGGGAAACUGGCUCAGAAGAUCAAGCAAUGGACAGACUUAAAAUGACAAUUUCAAGUGCCUGUAAGAAGUUCUCCCCUUUCAUACCCGUUAGUGUUUCUGUUGAAGAUGGUCAGAACAGAACCGUGGCGAGGUUCAAAAGUUUUCACUUUCUUCGCCAGAUAACAUCAAGGUUUAUAGACUGUUUGUCUCGGUCUUCAAAAUCACGUGUCAAAGCUGACAAAAAUCUGCCUUCGGCCGCAGAAUUACACAGGAGAGGAGUAAAAUUUGCUCCUUUUACAUGGGCAUCUGAAAUAAUAAGGUUUGACCGAGCCAGCUCUACUCUGUUCCUCCCCUGUAUAGAAAUGGAUUACAGAACAGAUCUUUUCUUGAGAAACAUGGUGGCAGUGGAAGCAUUCAUGAUGUGGAAAACCAGAGUGUUUACUUGCUACGCAGAUCUGAUGGACAGACUCAUUGACACUCCUAGUGAUGUUGCAGUGCUGAAAAGGUAUGGAAUCAUCACCAGCGACUUGGGAAGUGAUAAAGAAAUAAGCAAUCUGUGGAAUGGCAUUCGCAGAUCAAUGUGGAGGAGUGCAUAUGAGCCCAUUGACCAUACAGACCAUUCAACAUCUUGA